AGUGCGAAUAGCCAAAUAGCGAGGAAAAUCUGGAGGGAAAAGAGAGUCGUCAAAACCCCCAAAACCCUAACACCGCCAAAAACCCUUCUCUCUCCCUCGCUCUCUCCCCAUUCGUUAUCUUCCUCUUCUCCUUAACAACGACGCUUGCAACGGGGAGCAUGUGAAUCUCUUCUUCUUCUUCUUCUUCUUCUUCUUCUUCUUCUUCAAUCCAACACCCCCCGCCCUCCCUCUCUGCGGCUCGACGAGUCUCAGCGGGGAAGGAAACCACUCCCUCUGGGAGAGCCAUGGCGAGGCUCCUCCGCAACACUUAUGUUAAGCGAGCUCUUUUCUCCCCGGAGGGCUACAGGCAAGGGAUCUGUGGUUCUUCUUUUCACUUCCGUAGCUUCUCAACUAAAGGGAGAAGAAAGUCAAGGUCAGAUGGAACUGAUUCCUGUGAGGAGAAUCUCUCUAAGAAAGACUUAGCUCUACACCAAGCUUUGGAUCAAAUCACAGCUUCAUUUGGAAAAGGGGCAAUUAUGUGGCUUGGUCGCUCUCAUGGUCCUAGAGAAGUUCCUGUUGUGUCUACUGGAUCAUUUGCUUUGGAUAUGGCACUGGGAAUUGGUGGACUUCCAAAGGGACGUGUGGUGGAGGUGUAUGGUCCAGAAGCUUCAGGCAAAACGACUCUUGCUCUUCAUGUUAUUGCUGAAGCACAAAAAUAUGGAGGUUAUUGUGCCUUUGUAGAUGCUGAGCAUGCUCUAGAUCCCGCACUGGCAGAGUCCAUUGGUGUAAAAACUGACAAUUUACUCCUUUCUCAGCCCGAUUGUGGUGAGCAGGCACUUAGUCUUGUCGAUACCCUGAUUCGUAGUGGUUCUGUUGAUGUCGUGGUUGUAGACAGUGUAGCAGCACUUGUCCCUAAAAGUGAACUGGAUGGUGAGAUGGGAGAUGCACACGUGGCCCUCCAAGCUAGGUUGAUGAGUCAAGCUCUUCGCAAACUGAGCCAUUCUCUCUCUCUUUCCCAGACAAUUUUGCUAUUUAUAAAUCAGGUGAGGUCAAAAGUGAGCACGUUUGGUGGAUUUGGAGGGCCAACUGAAGUUACCUCUGGGGGUAAUGCGUUGAAAUUUUACGCGUCUGUCCGCCUGAAUAUCAAACGAAUUGGCUUGGUUAAAAAGGGUGAAGAGACUGUAGGUAGCCAAGUUCUGGUGAAGAUUGUGAAGAAUAAACACGCCCCACCAUUUAAGACUGCUCAGUUUGAGCUCGAAUUUGGAAAAGGGAUAUGCCGCGACUCAGAAAUAAUUGACCUGGGUCUCAAGAAUAAGUUCAUAACAAAAGCUGGCGGUGCUUUCUACAAUUUCAAUGGCCAGAGUUUUCGUGGGAAAGAUGCCAUUAAACGCUAUUUUGCUGAGAAUGAAGGUGUUCGGGAUGAGGUCAUGACGAAGUUAAAAGAGAAAUUAAUGCAAAACGACACAGAGAAGAAGCAUGAUUCGGGAAGUGAAACAGCGGAGGAUGUUUCCGAAGAGAUUGUUGCUUCCGAUACAACGGACGAGGAAAUUGUUGCUGCAGUUGAGGCAUGACAUAACACACCAAAUGUCGCAUUCAGUGAUACAAAGUUAAAAAGGCCAACUUGAAAUGCAGAUUUAGAAAAUGAUAAUCUAUCUAAUUUGGACUUUUUGGAUGAGGAUCUGCGGAGAGCAGUUUCCAAGGGAGAUGCUGGCCUGUUAGAGCGAAUUUAUUCUCUGAUCAUUGUUUUGGGCAUGUAUAAUUGCCUUUGUACGGGAAGGCAGCGAGAGGUGAUGGAAAGUAAAGGGCCGAGUAAUCCUAGUAUGACUUGGGUGCCUCUGGUGUAUCCUGAAGCUAAGUUCAUUCAAGUUAUGAUUUUAUGUGGUAUGUAUAGCUUUUUGAAUUUCUCACGGCUGGUGUGCUUGCAUUUAGCUAUUUAGCUGCCCUGUCUGGUGGUGUUUUACCAGUCUUUUUAUUUCUGUUGGAUUGCUUGUUAUCAAAGUUGAAAAAACUUAAGGUGGUCUAGCGUGACUCCCCAUCCGGUGGUCUAGCGUGGCUGUGGAUGGCGCUUAAUUUUUCUUUC